AGGGCCCAAAAAAGGGAAGAAACCGCUGGAUACUCCCCGAUUAACCGAAAAUGGGUAAAAUGCAAAAAACUCAUCAGUCAUCAGUUAUCACUGUCUCUUCCUAUCCCUUAAGAAUUCAUUAUUUCCCAAUCGGAAAAUUAGCAGUCCACCAAUUCCAGGUUUACAGAUGCCGAUUUCUUCAUUUUCUCUUCUCCGCUACCGAGCACCUUCCAUCUCCGUCGCCCUUCUCCGUCACGUGUCACCCGCCCGCCACCUCCUCACCCUCGCCGCCAAACGCCCCACACCUAGCCCCAACCAGACCAACGUCUCCAGAAAACUCCAACCCAACAAGAAUCUCCUCAGAGCUAAACAGAAUCUCAAGGAGUACUCGUCUCUCGCCCCGGUCCUCUCCCCUCAUGAGACCCCCCCUCUUUCCGAGUCUCAAGCCAUCGGCACCGUCGCCGCCGCGCAAGCAAACUUCAUGCGCGUCAUAGUACAAAAUGGUCUCGACGAAGGUUCUAGUAGAGCCGGAAUUGAGCUGCUUUGUGUGGUGAGAGCAUUACUGAAGAAGAUAAAGAGGAGGGUUAUGGUUGGGGACAGGGUAGUGGUGGGGUCUAUUGACUGGGUGGACCGGAGGGGCAUGAUCGAGAAUGUGUUCCAACGGAGCUCCGAGAUCCUUGAUCCUCCAAUGGCUAAUGUUGAUCAUCUGGUGGUGCUGUUCUCCAUGGAGCAGCCUAAGCUCGAGCCAUUUAUGCUCACGAGGUUCUUAGUUGAAGCUGAGUCCACUGGGAUUCCUCUCACGCUUGCUUUGAACAAAGUAGAACUUGUUGAUGAAGAGACAUUGGUUGGAUGGAAGUCUAGGUUGAGAAGCUGGGGAUAUGAACCAGUUUUUUGCAGUGUUGAAAGUAAACGCGGGCUUGAUUAUCUUGCAUUCCAACUGAGAGAUCAGACAAGUGUCAUUGUAGGUCCAAGUGGAGUAGGAAAAUCUAGCAUAAUUAAUGCAUUGAGAAGCAACCAUCACGCUGCGGGUGCUCUUGAAGGCGAUAAUUGGUUUGAUCCUAUCUUGGGCAGCAAGUGGUUCGAGGAUCAGCGGGUUGGGGAAGUUUCAACAAGAAGUGGCAGGGGGAAGCACACUACUCGCCAUGUUUCUUUGCUUCCCUUAUCUGGAGGGGGCUUUCUUGCUGAUACUCCUGGGUUCAACCAACCUAGUUUGAUUAAAGUGACAAAGCAAUCACUUGCCCAAACUUUCCCUGAGAUUCAUAAAAUGCUAAAAGCCAAAGAACCUGAAAAAUGCUCAUUCAAGGACUGCUUGCAUCUUGGUGAACCAGGGUGCAUUGUGAAAGGUGACUGGGAAAGAUAUCCAUUCUAUUUUCAACUUCUUGAUGAGAUCAGAAUCAGAGAGGAAUUUCAGUUGAGGACUUUUGGGACUAAAAGAGAGGGUGAUGUUAGGUACAAGGUGGGUGAUAUGGGCAUUCAACAAGCUGAACCACGACUGGAGCCAAAGAAGCAUAGGAGACAAUCACGGAAAAGGAUCAACCAAUCAAUAUUGGAUGAUUUAGAUGAAUUGGAUGAUGAUGAUGAUAUUGACUUAGAAAAUGACCCUAUUGUAAGAGCAAUAAGGGAUGAACAGCAGUAGGAACUUGCCUUUUGCUCUAUAGUGUAAAUAACUGGUAGUGUAAAUAACUGGUGUUAUGGCUUCUCAAAAAAUACUAAUCAAAAUUGUAUUGAAAAUCACCUUCUUGAUUUAGCCAGUUUUAGUUAUUAGUAUUCACAGCAUUGUCCAUAGUUCAAUGGCAUUUGGCUGAACCAGAAAGUGAUUUCUUU